CCGAACAACACAGACCACAAUGUUCAAGCUGGUGGUGUUGUGCGCUUUCCUCGCUGCGGCGACCGCCGAUCCCUCCGGCGCGUUCUACGCCCAGCCUUUGACCUACUCGUCGACCGUCAUCUCGCCAGCUGUCACCACCAUCUCCAAGUCGGCCAGCAGCGUCGUUCACCCUUCACCUACCUACUACUACAGCACCCCGUCUGUCUACUCACACUUCAUCAAGAAACGGGGUGCACCUUUCUACUUCCCGACUACUUAUGCCGCAGGAUCACCUCUGCUGGCGACAUCAUACUCCACUCCGAUCUUACACAGCGCUCCGUUGCUGACUAGCUCGCCUCUGCUCACGACUCCGAUCGCCGCGCCCUUUGGCUACCCUGCGGCGCAUCUGAUCAAGAAGAGGUCGGCUCCCUUUAUCAGCACUACUGCGUACAGCGCUUACUCUCCUUUGACUUAUUCCACACCUUUGAUCUCUCAUACUCCCCUGAUCUCCGCAGCCCCUUACUAUUCUUCUCCCAUUCUUUCCCAUGCCCCCCUGGCCAUUCCUCACCUGAUUAAGAAACGCUCUGCCCCUAUCUUGACCAGCGCUUAUAUUGCCCCAACCUCAUACAGCCACCAAUCCAGAAUCGAUUUCCGUACUCCUUUAGUCAGCCACUACACGGCACCCCUGGCCUAUCACAGCCCGUACGCCUACACUCACGUGCUCUAGAUCUAACAUUGAAAUUCAAAUAAUUGCACCGAACCAAGUCCAGCCAUAGAAGUACCUGUUCAAUGUUUUAAAAUUUACCAUUGUAAUUAUGAGCACCAGUUCCUCAAAGUGAACUCACAGUGUAUUAAAACAAAAAGGAAAUAAAUUUCUGAACAAACACUGA